AUGCCGGGCUUCGCCGACUCGUUCUGGUCCCCGGACUAUGCCAGCGGGCUGGGUGUUCUCUUCUCCAAGCUGCAGCAGGGAAUAGUGGAAAACCAGCAGAUCCUUGCCAUUGCCCGGAUGCGCGCCGAUGCCGAGCAGACUUACGGCGCGAAGCUGGGCGAUAUUGCCCCGUCGGUGGAUAGGAUGCCGAAUGGAUUCUCGCGAGACGAUGGCGCUAGUGUGCGCAAGGCAUAUGAAGGCAUUCGAAGUGAGAUGAUUGAAGGGUCGAAAAACCACCAGAAGAUUGCGUCGAGUAUUAGAGACCUUGUGGUUACUCCAUUUGGUCGAUGGGCUGCACAGCAUGAGAUGCGGAUUUCGAAUAGCCAGGACGAGCUUCAAGCUCGAGUGAAGGAACAUUCAAAACAGACCGAACUGGUAAAGAAGCUACGAAGCCAGUAUUUUAAUAAAUGUCGAUUGGUAGAGGACUUAGAGGAAGAAAAUAAACUUGCAUUCCAAGACCCGGAUAAGGAUACGGAGGGCAGCCCUAAACCCCCAGCACCACCGACCAUCGUUUUACCCGAUACGGAGGAGGAGCCAGAGCCAGUUGAACUUGGAGAUCAGGUUUAUUUGCCAGAUCAGCUGAAGAAGCUUCUUACGCACAUGCUUGAAACGAUAAAAAUUGGAGAGUCGAAAGUACCAAUUCUUGGAACGUAUCUGAAUACUUCUACCGGUGCGGAUAUAGUGGAUUACAUCCAGAAACAUUUGAAUGCGUCAAGCAUGAGUUAUGCGGAAAGAAUUGGACAGGACAUGGUUGAUAAUGGGUUUUUGCGGCUGAUCGGAAAUGUUGGCAGCACGUUCGCCAACAGUUCGAAAAUGAACUACCAGUGGCGCCCGAAAGUCUUCCAACUUACUGGAAUCCCCGAAAAAAAGAAACCUUUACUGCGCGUAUCGUCACUUGCCUCAGGAAGCGAUGAUAAUGCCGACUCUCCCACCGUCGCCGAGAUCAUAUCGGGGUGGAACCCUCUCAAUAACCCAUACCCCAACGAAACUCCUGCAGAGAAGCUGCGCCGUGAGGCUCGAGAGUCGGACGAGCGUUACAAAGUCGCCGUGAAGAAGCUAGACCGUAUGCGAUGUUCGAUGGAGGAAGAAGUUGUCGAUUAUCUAAAGUUCAUGGAACGAUGCGAACUGGAUCGCCUGAGAGCAAUCAAAGCCGUUGUGCUUGACUUUUCCGGUGCAAUUAGCAACGUUAUUCCUUCGCUGCGCAGCACUGUUGAUCAGAUGAUGCUGUAUCAGGAAACCAUCCAGCCUCUAGGAGACUUGAGGUAUCUAUUGGAAAACUAUAGGACUGGGGCGUUUGUGCCUCGUGUUCAGCCGUAUGAGAAUUACUAUGGCUCUGUUGAAGAUCAAACUUUUGGCGUGGAUCUUGAGGCAAGGGCCAGAGCCGAUCGCAAGCGCGUUCCAGUCAUUGUGACGAGCAUUUUGACUUAUCUAGAUAACCGAUACCCUGAUUUGGAAGGCGACGAGGCUCGCCGAGCAAUAUGGCUGCAUGAAGUGCCACUCUCGGCAACGCAUCAUCUGCGCAACGCUUUGAACAACGGUCAACUUGCUCCUCCGGAUCUUCUAGACCGAUACGAAAUCCCCGUUAUUGCCAGCGUUUUAAAACUAUACUUACUUGAACUUCCUGAUUCCCUCGUGUCCUCCCAAGUGUACGAAAUAGUGCGGACUAUAUACACUGCUACGAGCGAUGCGUCUGACGAAGGCCGCGUUAAAGUGCUACAAAACACCUUGGGCCAACUCCGUCUUAACAAUAUUGCUACCCUAGACGCCAUCAUCACCCAUUUCACACGUCUGAUUGAUUUGACAUCGGCAGACGAUGCUUAUAUCACCUCCCUCGCUCAGAAUCUUGCACCUUGCGUACUUAGACCUCGUGUGGAAAGCAACCUCACGAUGGAUGAACGACAUAAUUACCGUCUCCUCCGUGAUCUUUUCGACCACAAGGACGAAAUCUUUGGCGAACUAAAGCGCCAAGCUAGCUCUCUAGGAACCCUGUCGAAUUCGGCACGUCCACGCGCCAUAAGCUCCGACGAAAGCAAUCGACGCGCAAACACCGAGGCUAGAAAUCGCGCCAUUGCCAGCCGCAGCCGUGCUACGAGUCCCGCCCCCGGGUACCGGCAUCGGCGCGACCGAUCUACGGGCGGCUCCGAAUCGACGAGGUUUCCAAUCAACGUCGGUAGUCCGACGACUGAGAGACGGGCAACCAGACAAAGCCUCGAGGUUCCCGGUUCACUCGACUCGCCCGUCGUCGCGGAUAGUCGGGCGACGGAUGCUCCCAGUCAGAAUCCAUUACCCAACGGAGGCAGCUCCACGUCUGCCUCAGACGAAGCCCCCGCAGCGGCAGUAGCCAAGAGCAACUCGCUCUCCCGCUCCAGCGGCCGCUACUCGCGGGUCGCGGGUCUGAAUCGAGACAGCAAUGGCAAUGUUGUCGCUGAUAGCGCUGUGGACGAUGCGCCGGAGCAGGUGCCGCCCAGACCCGUAGGUGUGACGCUGGAAGAUAAGCCGAUGGAUGAUUAG